UUCCAAUUAUUUAUAUUAUUUUGAUUUCUAUAAGUUUUAUUCUUGACCCAUUGGCACCGAAGAGGACCGGAAGUGACGCGAGAGUCCCUGACGUGGCCGGAAGCGGCGCCAUCUUGAAGGAAACGCCUUGGAGUUGAAGAGGAAACAAACUCAGUCUCAGAAGAUAUUCACGCUACGUGUCCAGGAUGGGCAAUCUUUUUGCUAACCUUUUUAAAGCCUUUGGUAAAAAGGAGAUGAGAAUUUUGAUGGUGGGACUCGACGCUGCCGGAAAAACCACCAUCCUGUACAAGCUGAAGCUCGGAGAAAUCGUCACCACUAUUCCGACCAUCGGCUUUAAUGUUGAAACUGUGGAGUAUAAGAACAUCAGCUUCACGGUGUGGGACGUGGGUGGGCAGGACAAGAUCCGGCCCCUGUGGCGUCACUACUUUCAGAACACACAAGGUCUGAUCUUCGUAGUGGACAGUAACGACAGAGAGCGAGUGAAUGAGGCCAGAGAGGAGUUGAUGAGGAUGCUGGCUGAAGACGAGCUCAGAGAAGCCGUGCUGCUCGUCUUCGCCAACAAACAGGACCUGCCGAACGCUAUGAACGCUGCAGAGAUCACGGAUAAGCUGGGUCUUCACUCUCUGCGCCACAGGAACUGGUACAUCCAGGCCACGUGUGCGACGAGUGGAGACGGUCUGUACGAGGGACUCGACUGGCUCUCAAAUCAACUCAAAAACCACAAAUAAUCCUCAACUCCUCCUGUUUCUCCUCCUACACUGUAGCGCUCUCAUCUCCAUUCGGUUUUUGUUUUUUAUUAUUACGAUUGUUAUGAUAAUGUUUGUAUUUGAUGCGGAACGUCCCGGAAGCUGCCGUGCUCCUCUCAGAGAGGUGAAGGUUCACGUCGGAGCCGCACCUCCUCCCCGCCGAACGGAAUCGCAGCAUCAGGAAAAAAAGCUGAUACGCCGGCGGGAUGUAACCUAUAACCUAAACAAUUAGCACUGUUAGCAUCAUCUGCUAGCUAGCAUUAUCCCGCCAGGAAACUCGGACAUUUCGCACGUGAUUAUCGGCACAUGCCUACACGUUUUUAUAUAUAUAUAUAUAAAGAUUUAUACUCUUUCCUGUUUAAUUUUUGAUCAUCUUUAUUUAAUCAUCGUGGGUGAAAUCCAUCUUUUCUUUUCCGCUUUACUGUAAAUGACUUACAGACUACAUUGAGCUCAAGACGACACACGCCAACGCACACGUACGUACGAACACACACUACCUGCUGAUGGGCGUCAGGUUAACAUCAGCAGGCUUCCAGGAAGCACGUGUGAUCUCGCCGUCACGCCGUCAGCGGCAGCUUUACUUCCCUCUCUGACGAUGCCCUUUAAAUCCGCACUUCCUCCAUGUUGGAUUUGUUUGUACUGACACUUUUUUAGUGGUAUUGUGUUUCGAUCUCACAAUACGAAUCCCCAGGGCGGGUUAAGGGCCGGGCUUCACUCAAGGGCCUAGCAGUGGCAGCUUUGGGUUUCUGAUCUGAAGGUCAUGAGUUCAAAUCCCACCACUUUAACCCAUGAGGUCCCCACUUUUCACCACACCUGAAAAGGUUGUGUUUCCAGGUCUCUCUUUAUGGCAAGCGUUUAAACGUGAGCCAGUGGAGACGCACCAAGAACUCGCUCCACGUUCGGCUCUCCAUCGUCUGAUACGAAAGCGUUCGGUGUGACCGUGAUUUAGAUCUUUGCGUUUGAGGCGUUAGAAACAAUCUGUGGUUUUGUGAGGACCGGAUCGGCUGAGGUUUGUGUUCUGUUCCUGUUUAUCAGCAGGGUGUGAGAACACGGCCGAAUCUUCAGCACAGCCAUUUUAUUUAAAAGCUCUGAGUUUUUUUAAUUAUGUGACAGAAACCUUUAAAGGUGUUUAAUACGCUCAGUGAGGCUUCCCAGAACCUAGCGCUCUGUGUGCCACGCCCAUCAGCUGCUCCGAGCUCUGCUCUACCUCUACACGAGCAGGUGUGAAGGUCGAGCGUGGCGUUAGCACCCUGAACAGUAGAUCCUUAGACAAUGUGACACGGUACAGCAAUAUAUCAGACACGCAGCAGCAGCACUGUAGAGGAGAAGAGUUCUUGCUGUCGGUGUUCCUCAGUGCCUUCUGAACUCCAUGCCCUUCUGAUGGGACUGCGUUUUUGUUUAGUUUUGGCUGGCAUGGGGAGCGAACGUCGCGGGUCACGUAUCGUCUGGUCGGUGACGGCGCAUGCCUGCAGGGGACUAAAGUAUUCGUGAAAAACUUGUGUAAAUGUUUGAGUUUAUUAUGCAGAUUUGUUUUGCCUUUCAUUUGGACAGAAAAGCAAUGGAAUGAAAUAAAAAUGAAAAUCGUU